GACGUACUGAACUUGCUUACCGGCGACACGUUCCCGGAACUGCUGGAAUUAAACCUAAGUUGUGAUUUGGCGUUUGAGGUUGUGAAAGUAAAUGGCUGAUCUCUACGUUAAACCAGGUAACCAUGAAAGGGGAUGGAAUGAUCCUCCUCAGUUCUCUUAUGGACUUCAAGCACAGGCCCAAGGGGCCCCAAAAAGAAAUUUAUUAAAUAAGAGAGUUCCCCCACCUCAGAUGAAUGGACCACAAAGCAAUACAGGUAGCCUGGCCAAUAAAGGGACACCUUUAAAUAUGCCUUCUGCUCCUCCCACAAUGCCUUUAGCACCUCCUCGGUGUGCAUCUGUUUCUCCGCAGCAGAAGCGAUCUGAGGAAGACAACUCAACAGUGAUCACUUCUUCAGACAGUGAACCUGAUAUACAUGUAGAUACUGUUAUGCUGGUUUUGAACUGGGCACUAGCUGUGUGCCAAUCAAGAGUAAAGAAACAAGUUUGUGAUGACAUCAGUAAACGUCUAAAUUUGCUUGUGGAUAUGUGGAACAGUGGAAAACUGUCAUUUCCUGUGAAAAAAAGAAUGAAUAUUUUGGCACAAGAAAUAAAAAAACAAAACUGGAAUGCUGCUGAUGAAAUUCAUCGUUCUCUUAUUGUGGACCAUAUAAAUGAAGUAAGCCAGUGGAUGGUGGGAGUUAAGCGGUUAAUUGCAGAAUCCAGAAGCUUACCUGCUGAAGUGUUCACUGUUGAAACAAGUGAAGACUAAAAAGACGAUGUCCGGACACCUGAGUACUUAAUUAAUUCACUGCCUGCUAAAAGCCCUUUCUGUCAACUGGUAAGAAAAUGAAGUGGAACUGAGAAUAUCCGUUUUGGUAUUUGGACUUUGUGUGAAUCCUACCAGACCACUAUGAACAUUAAGACCUGCAAUAAGGUGCUAUGGUUUAAAAAGGUACCCACUGUGGCGUUUUACUUGCAGAAUGAUUUUAGCAUUGGGUGUUCAUCUAAACUUUACUGUGCCUUCUAGUGUUCGUGCCAGCUGAAAACCGGAAUUAAAUGGAUUGACCAGAUUUUUUGAUCUAAACCUAUUUAGUAAAGUUUCAGCAAAGGUACGUAUUAAACACUUUGACACUUAAAGAAGCUUUACGUUUAUUUAACAGUUACAUUAAGUGGGUGAAUUUAAUUGUAAUGGAGAAAAAUAAAUUAUGCGGUCUUAUGGCACUGUGUUUUGUAAACCUUCAAUUGUUUUCCAGUUUUACAGAAGUCUAUAUUUAUGUGUUUAUUUUAAUAUGCAGUAUUAAUUUUUAGUCACUUAAAUGGGAUUAAUGUUUACUUUAAUUGCAGAUAUAUUUGUUAACUCUACUUCAAUGGGAAAAACCUUGAUUACUUUUAACACUAAACUGAAUGCUUAGUACUAGUAAAGUCUGCAUGAUAUAAACACUCAGAUUCAUAAUUGGAGUUUUAAAAUUACUUAAAAUGAUAAAAUGACUAGAUAUAUGACAUUCUUAAAUAUAAUAAUACAUUAUUAAUAAGUGAUAGUUUCAAUUAAAUAAAUGCACAAUAAAGCAAAACUGUUUGUAUAGAUUUUGCUGAGAUACAAUGUGAUCUGGUAGCAUUAAUUAAUGAAUAGGAUUAGCCAGUCACUUAUCAAGUCUUAUUUCAUGACUGCUUUAAGUAACACUACCAUGAGUUUUGUAUCUUGUACCUUGUAUCUGACUUAUGCUAGACUAUGCAAGUUAUUGAUAAACUUGAAAACAAUAUGCUUAAAUAUAUGCACGCAUUGUGUUCUCCCACUUGGAGCACUUAAAACAUAAUAAAUAAAGAACCCUGCUUUGGAAAAUAUAGAGUUGCAGCAUAGUGAUUUUCACCUAAAAAGAUAUUAAAUAAUAAACUUUGAUGUUUUUCCAAAAAUAGUAAUUAUGUCCUAAAAAUACUGUUGUUUUGAUGAUGCACUUUGUGUUUCUUUUCAUAUACCUUUUCAAUAAAUUGUUCAUGCACAUUAAAAAUAAAGUAAAAGGCUAAUUAGUUUGAACAUUUUUUUCAAGGUAUGCAGGCUUUCCAGUAUUAGCAUCAUAAAGCUCAAGUCUAGAUUUCCAUGUUUUUAUUAUCACAUAUCACUGAAAAAUAAUUUAAAGCACUGCAGCGCUUAUAAAAAAAAAAAAAAAUGUAUAAGGAAAAAAAUCAAACAAGUAAAUGUGGAGAAUAACAUCAUGUCCUUCUGUCCACUAAGUGAUAUUAAAGCCUAUUCCAUAAACUGGCACCUGCGCGUGUUGCAUUUAAUAUUAAUAAAUGAACCACUCUUUUACCCCCAAAGUAGUAUUUGGGACUUUUUUUUUAUCUUAUUUAAAUCCUUCAGAGUACAGAUAAUUUAUGUAGAUUUACAGUAUGACAGUUUGAAAUAAAGUUCCUGCUUUCCAUGAUAUGAAAUACUGAAUUAUGGGAAAAGUUUUCUAAACAUUUGAGCUUAUUUACUUUUUGUACCCUCACUGUAUCACUGUGGAGACAUUGUUUCAAGUAAUGUUAUAUGAAAUACUGUUUGUUCAAUAAAACAAUACAUUUUA